GUCGGCCGUGCGGGGUCCCGGCGUCGGCGGCGCGCGCGCUCCCUCCUCUCCGAGAGAGGGCUGUGGUAAAAGCCGUCCGGAAAAUGGCCGCCGCCGCCGCUGCCGCGCCGAGCGGAGGAGGAGGAGGAGGCGAGGAGGAGAGACUGGAAGAAAAGUCAGAAGACCAGGAUCUCCAGGGCCUCAAGGACAAACCCCUGAAGUUCAAAAAGGUGAAGAAGGAUAAGAAAGAAGACAAAGAGGGCAAGCAUGAGCCCCUGCAGCCCCCGGCCCACCACUCCGCUGAACCGGCAGAGGCAGGCAAAGCGGAGACCUCAGAAGGCUCGGGCUCGGCCCCAGCUGUCCCGGAAGCCUCUGCCUCCCCCAAACAGCGGCGCUCCAUCAUUCGUGACCGGGGACCCAUGUAUGAUGACCCCACUCUGCCCGAAGGUUGGACCCGAAAGCUCAAGCAAAGGAAGUCGGGCCGCUCCGCUGGGAAGUAUGAUGUGUAUUUGAUCAAUCCCCAGGGAAAAGCCUUUCGCUCUAAAGUGGAGUUGAUUGCGUACUUCGAAAAGGUAGGCGACACCUCCCUGGACCCUAAUGAUUUUGACUUCACGGUAACUGGGAGAGGGAGCCCCUCCCGGCGAGAGCAGAAACCACCUAAGAAGCCCAAAUCUCCCAAAGCUCCAGGAACUGGCAGAGGCCGGGGACGCCCCAAAGGCAGCGGCACUGCGAGACCCAAGGCAGCGGCAUCAGAGGGUGUGCAGGUGAAAAGGGUCCUGGAGAAAAGUCCCGGGAAGCUGCUGGUCAAGAUGCCUUUUCAAGCUUCACCUGGGAGCAGGGCCGAAGGGGGUGGGGCCACCACGUCCGCCCAGGUCAUGGUUAUCAAACGCCCUGGCCGGAAGCGAAAAGCCGAGGCCGACCCCCAGGCCAUUCCCAAGAAGCGGGGGCGCAAGCCAGGCAGUGUGGUGGCGGCUGCUGCCGCCGAGGCCAAGAAGAAAGCCGUGAAGGAGUCUUCCAUUCGCUCUGUGCACGAGACCGUGCUCCCCAUCAAGAAGCGCAAGACCCGGGAGGCUGUCAGCAUCGACGUGAAGGAGGUGGUGAAGCCCCUGCUGGUGUCCACCCUGGGCGAGAAGAGCGGCAAGGGACUGAAGACCUGCAAGAGCCCCGGGCGGAAGAGCAAGGAGAGCAGCCCGAAAGGGCGCGGCGGCAGCGCCUCGUCGCCCCCCAAGAAGGAGCACCACCACCACCACCACCACUCGGAGCCCCCGAAGGCACCGGUGCCGCUGCUUCCACCCCCGCCCCCGCCCCCGCCCGAGCCACAGAGCUCCGAGGACCCCGCCAGCCCCCCUGAGCCCCAGGACUUGAGCAGCGGCGUCUGCAAAGAGGAGAAGAUGGCUAGAGCGGGCUCGCUGGAGAGCGACGGCUGCCCCAAGGAGCCGGCUAAGACUCAGCCCGCGGUCGCGACUGCCGCCACGGCCGCAGACAAGUACAAACACCGAGGGGAGGGAGAGCGCAAAGACAUUGUUUCAUCCUCCAUGCCAAGGCCAAACAGAGAGGAGCCUGUGGACAGCCGGACGCCCGUGACCGAGAGAGUCAGCUGACUUUACCCGGCGGACGCGGAGCGAACCAACAAGAAUAAAGGCAGCUGUCGUCUCUUCUCCUUCUGGGUAGGGCUCUGACAAAGCUUCCCGAUUAACUGAAAUAAAAAAUAUUUUUUUUUCUUUCAGUAAACUUAGAGUUUCGUGGCUUCAGGGUGGGAGUAGUUGGAGCAUUGGGAUGUUUUUCUUACCGACAAGCACAGUCAGGUUGAAGACCUAACCAGGGCCAGAAGUAGCUUUGCACUUUUCUAAACUAGGCUCCUUCAACAAGGCUUGCUGCACAUACUACUGACCAGACAAGCUGUUGACCAGGCUUCUUAGGGUAUGCCUGCGCCUCCCCUCCCAUCCGACCUCACCCCGCCCCCCCCAUGUGGCCAUUAGGGACAGAGAGUGCCAUGGGUGCCCCCGUCUCCGCUCUCCUCUCCCCCCCAACCCUGCCCCACCCCCACCCUCCGGCUCCCCCGCCUUCCCCAUCCCCACCCACAUGGGGACAAGGAGGUGUGAGGCAGGAGAGACAGGUGGAUCCUUUAGAGAAAAAGACAGAGAUGGCCAGUGGCUACAGCCCCUGCCUGAUCUCACCCAUGGUGGCACAAAUGCGGCCCCACGCUAGUCCCAACCCAAAACUGACUAGGACAUUUCACAGGACAGGGAAGUAGCACCUGUUUGCUCCAGUUCUGGCCUGGCUAGGAAGGGGUCAGUCCUUGUGCUGCUGGGUGUAGACUGGCCUGAGCCAGGUGAGAGGACGGUGCAGGGCCACUCUCCAGUGAGUGGCACGAGAGAGAGAGAGAGCGAGGGGGGGGCGCAUGGAAGCAACAGGACGAGGCACAGGCAGGCUGGCCCCGGGCUCCUGGGCUUCUCCAGGUGACAGAGGGCAGUGGGGCCGAUGGAAAUCCUACUCACUCAGAGCAGUCUGUGGCUGGUAGGUAGAGGCCUAGUGGGCAAGUUGGGGUGCUGGGGGAAAGAGGGGAAAAUGUUCUUCCAAAACUUUCCAAUUCUACUCCUUUAGGGACAGCUUAGAACUAUUUGCACUAUUGAGUCUUCAUGUUCCCACUUCAAAACAAACAUGCUCUGAGAGCAAACGGGCUUGAAUUGGUGACACUUUGUCCCUCAAGCCACCAGACGUGACGGUGUUCACAACUACCUGUACCUGCGCUUGUUUUAAAGUGGGCUCAGCACAUAGGGUUCCCACGAAGCUCCGAAACUCUAAGUGUUUGCUGCAAUUUUAUAAGGACUUCCUGAUUGCUUUCUCUUCUGUCCUUCCAUUUCUGCCUUCUUUCAUUCAUCCUUUCAUUUCUUCCCCUCCUUGUUCAUCCCCUCGGUACCAGGCACCCACAGCUCCCAGCUUUACCUGAGCUGAUGCUGGCCAGCUCAGGCCACCAGAUCACACCCUGCCCUUGGCCUUCCCACUGCCAGCUCUAGCCCUGCCCCACCCCAUUUUGAGCCCUGAGGAAGCCCCAGGCUCUGCUGAGUCCUCCUGGCCCUAAGGCCUUGGCCUUUCCGAAGGGCAAGAGGACAGCAAGGUCUCACUCUCUUAGGGAGCGCCCUUCCCUUGGGCAGAGCUUGGAUUCCGGGCCUUCCCAACCUUCCACUCGAGAGAAACAGGCAGGAGAAGUUGGGCAGAUUUGGAUUUGGGAGCUGAGGGUAGCACAGAGGCCCCCGUGGCCUGCCAUAGUCCUCAAGUAGCCCAGCCCUGACCUUGGCCUCAUCCAGGCCCAGCUAGCAUAGUGUGGUGCGACAAUGCAGCCAAUGGGAAGAAAUGCAGCUGCCUCAGACCUGAGCUGGGCCCCCCCUCGCCUCUCUGCUCCUCCUGUAAGGUAACCAUGAGUUCUCCUCUGGUGGGAGACGUCUGGCUUUGGCUGGAGACGGGUGGGGCCAGUGUAUGACACAUGUCCACCUCUGUGCCGGGGGAUGGUGUUGGGGCCAAGAGGCUUGGCUUUGCUGUGGGUGUUCAUUGCUCAGUCUCCGUUCGGGAGUCCGUCCUGCGUUCUGUGUUCAGGAAGUCCUUAUCUAGCUGCACAUCAUCAUCAUACUGGUCUGUCCUUUUCUGUGUUUACAGAGAUGUCUCUUGUAUCUAAAUCUGUCCACCUGAGAAGUACCUUAUCAAAGUAGCAAGUGAGACAGCAGUCUAAUGCUUCCAGAAACACCCACAAGCACGUCCCAUGCGAGCUGCCGCCAUGAACUGUCAAGUGCGUGUUGUCUCGUGUAUUUCAGUUACUGUCCCCUGGCUUCCUUACUGCGGCGUAACCAUGAAGGAGUGAAACACCCUAACCGUCCAGCACUUCCUUGCCAGCCCUUAGUGAUCAGGAACCGUAGCUGACAGUUCCAAUCAGUAGCUUAAGGAAAAAACGCGUUUGUCUCUUCCAGAAUGGUUAGAAGCAAGGGAGUUUGCCCCCAUUCUGUUUGCAGAAUCAUAGUUGGCCUUUGCAGCAUUUUUGUACCCAUUUCCUUAUGCUGUGAAAGCAAGUCCCACAACCAGACCCUCCCUGCUGUUGGCCCUCUGGGCUUCACUUUUGACUCCUCCCCAGGAAGGGAAGGGGGUGGGGAGGAGGGGGCAAGUCCUUUAGGAUCCCUCUUCCUUCAAGGACAAAAGACUCCUGACCCUGAAGGGGCCUCGCACUGCAGGCACCCACAAAGGAUGCCUGUCCACGCGAGUACAGUGUCCGGCCAGUUUGUCCUGGAGAUGCCGUCCGUUUGGGUUGGUUGGGUUUUUAUGCAGUAAACUUAGUCCAGUGGAAUGUGACCCCCAGAACCAGUGUCAAGAGCUGGCCUCUCCAUCAGCUCAGUACCGUCUGGUCCGGGGAAGAAAGUGCGGGCCCACCACGCCCCCCUUCCACCUGAGACCAUUCGGGGGCUGACCGGGCAUUGGUGGUUGAGAGCACAGCGUUUCAAGUAUCAUUUCCUUUUGGCCCACCUGACCUGCAGCCCCCUCGCUCCCCAGCUGCUUCUCCUUAUAGUUCCAAAGCUGCAGGCAGCCCCUGAGGCUCCUUGGGGUUUUCUCGCCCCUCCUCUUCCUUCCACGUUCCCUCUUCUUCACCUAAUAAAGGCAUCACAAGUAAGUUACCAUUAAGCAGGUAGCCUUGGUGGUUUGUCGCCCUGGCAGGCAGGGGCCCUGCAGCUCCCGUACGACCCCGGUCCUGAGUCACGUUGACAGGUUGGGGGGAAAGCCAGGCCAUGGGAUUCUCACCAGCCGUGUCCAGCCCAGUUUGGGGGUGUGACCUUGAUUUUGUGUGUGCUUGAACAUCACGAAGAUUGGGGGCAUCUUUUAGGGACUGUGUGAAGAAUUUAGAAACUAACCAACAGCUUUCAGACGCCUGUUUGUAGGGGUAGGUCACAGUCACUUUUGGUCUCCCCAGCCCUGGUUCUAGUUGUUAGUUACUACCUCCUCUCCCAACAGAAUGCUGUAUGCCCUUGAGCUCCUCCCACAAUGCCCAGCCCAGCUCUGCCCUGCCCUGCCCAUUGGUGGGCCUGCCCUAACCAGUGGAAUUGCUGGCCUUGAGACUGUAGUGAACCAGGGCACUGAGCCGCAGCCAGGCUCAAAGACAGCUCCCUUCUGCUGCUAUUCUCUUCCCAUUAUCAGAAGGCACAGGCGACACCUAGAAAUGUCCCGUUCCCCAGUCCGUCCGUGCCAAACUACCCAAGGACCUCAGCUCCCUCAGCUCCCAGGAAGGGGAAAGCCGUGGUGGUAGCCCAGGGACACUGACCACAGCUGGCACCAGGCUUCUACUCCUGAGACCCCCGUGCGGGGGUUGGCAGCAGUCUGUUCAGGGGCACCAUUCCAGGCUAAAGGCCGCAGACGGUGGCACCAUGCCCAGGGCCAGCCCCAAGUUGUCACCUGCUCUUCCGCGCAGCUUUUGGUUGCUAACAGGGAUCGUGGAGGAAGCUACCGUGCUUGGGGGGAAAGGAGUUUUUUAGCUGACAGGACCUCUGGAUUUCAGUAACUUAGUGAGCCGCGGCAGCGCAGGAGGGAGCCACAGGUAUAACCAGGUGGAGCCUGGCAGCCAGGCUCUGCGCCCCCUUCCCACGCCCCCUUCCCGGAGCUCUGCAUCUGGAGCUCUGGGUGGGCGGAGCCAGGGAAGGUUGCGGGCCCGUUCUUGGAGAAACCCUUUUCUAGUCAGUGUUGCUCCGAAUUGUUCCCUAAUGUGAGUUUCACACACAGAUUUUGGGACAGGUGGCCCAGACCUCAGCAGGCAAGCUGCGUUUAGAGCCCUGUGGGUGUUCGCCUGGCCAGUUCCCAGAGUCCUGGCUCAUGGUGUCAGGGGAGGGGGCAAGCAUGGCAGUGUCACCCGGCCUGUGGUGGAGCCCCUGCCCCUGCGGCCGCACCGUGUCGCGUUCCCGGUCUUACUCUGUUCCCUGUAAGGGCCCCACCUUUGCUCUCCCCAGCAGUAAACUCGUCCACUCUGGAGGGGUUUGUCGAGUCUCCAUUUUUGCGUCUUUCUCUUUCAGAUGCUGUUUCAGUCUUUAGAAGAGGCAUAGUCUAAUUGUUAUAUAUCACUAGGAUACUGCCUCCCCCAGGGUCUAAAGUUACAUAUUAAAGGGGGGAAAAGUGAACAACAACAAUUCAGAAGGAAAACCUAGACAACAUUUGGCAGAAAAUUGCAUUUCGAUGUUUCCGAACAAGUAAGAGCAAGCUUUUGCAAAACUGCCGAUCUAAAAAUAUUUGGAGCUUGGCCUGCCAUGUUUGUGCUACAGGAAAAGGGGAGUCCAGCCUGAAGCAGCUGGAUCUGAGACUCGGGGCCGUCCUAGCACUGAAGAGCCCCCUGCCUGUGGGGCUGCCUGCCUGGUCCCCAAGCUGUAGAAGCCCAGCGCUUGGUGUGGGAAGCAGAGUGUCACCAGUGACUCCAAAGGCCUGCGACGUCCUCACCACCCAGCACCACCUGUUUCUUGUUCCUUUCUCAUCUCUGCAGGAUGUGCCCCAAGUGCUGAUUUGUUGGGGGAAAAGGGAGUUCUGACUAGCACCCCCGCAACUAGGAAGGUGAGGGUGAGGUCUCCCCCUUGGUCUCUGCCUGUCCCCUGAGGACAUUCCCCCUGGUCUGCUGUCCUUGGGGCCGAGGGUCUAGGUGAAGUGGUGCGCCCUUCUGCACUCAGAGGUGAUGACAGAGGCCUGAGCACGUCCUGUGGUGUGUGUCCUCCUCGCCCCUCACCAGCGAGAGCCCCUGGGCCAGAGGGAGGGCAGGCACACGAGCAGGUACCAAGACCCUCACCAAGGGAAGUCCGGCCUUUGAGUCUGGAGAGCAUUAGGGAAACUUGCAAAUUGCCUUUGCUUCCCUGCCCCCCUUCUAGCUUACCUUUUCUCAGGUCCUCAGCAGCGAGAGACAAAUGAGAUGAAAAGGCCAAGAGGUUUGGCUCCUGCUCACUGGUAGUCCCUCUCCCUUCAGUGUUUGUGUGUCCAGUGACAAAGGUGUUCUUCCUGGUGACCCUGAUUAUAUCCAGUAUCUUAUACGCUAUACGCAUAGGCCUGCUUGGUCUCCUCUAUCCUGGGCUUUUGUUUUGCUUUUUAGCUUUGCUUUUAGUUUUUCUGUCUCUUUUAUUUAAUGCACCGACUAGACACACAGAGCAGUUGAAUUUUUAUAUAUAUAUCUGUAUAUCGCACAAUUAUACACUCAUUUUGCUUGUGGCUACACACACACACACACACACACACACACACCUGUUAAAAUUAUACCUGUUGCUUAAUUACAAUGUUUCUGAUAACCAUAGCAUAGGACAAGGGAAAAUAAAAACAAACAAAAAAAAACCA